UUUAUUUUUCCCCAACACCCAAAAAAAAAAAUUAAAAAAAAAUAACCCACCCCUCCUCUCCGCAACAACCUCUUCCCUUUUCUACCCAAGUUUUUGUCUGAAAACCAAAUCCGAAAACCCUAAUUUUCUCAAUUCCGCGGAUUUCCGGUUGUGAAUUAGGGUUCGUUUUAUGGAACCGCAGCAUGACAAGGACGCGUCGUCCAUGGUCGCCAAGACGAAGAGCGCCAAUUCGUACCAGAUGCUGAACGGGCCGUCGCUGACGCACUCGGCCUGGUUCGAAAUCCGGUUGUUCUACGUCCGGAUCGCGCCGUGCGUCAUCGACAGCGUGCCGGACCACCUCACGCUCUGCCACCUCCGCCGCGACAUCGGCGUCUCUCUCGAGAUCAACGGCGCCAGGAUUCCGAACUCCGACUCGGCGUCGCUCACGCUCCGCCGCGACCGGCUGGACAAGGAGUCGUCGGAGGUGACGUACGUGGCCACCGACAGCGUGAGGGUCACCGGCGGGGUUGAGUUUGAGGUCUACGAGAACAAUGACAUGGUGCUGUGCGGGUCGUUGGAGAGGAUGGAAGGCGUUUGGCUCAAUGGGAAUGCGGGGAUGGAGAAUGAUUCCAAGACGGGUUGGAGUAUGGAUUGUUAUAUGGCUGCGUCUAUUAAUUCCGGCUCUUCGGCGUUUUUCCGGCCGAAACUCGGGGUUUCGGCGCCGUCUAUAGAGGUUUAUAUCGCCGGCUGCUGCUCUGGUGUGCCGGUGAUAUUGACAAAGACAAUACAGAUUAGUCCCAGGCGGAAGUGCCCAAGGCAUGCCACCCUGGAUGCUAUUCCUGAGGAGGAGGAGGUCGGGAAGGAGCAUAGCAAGAGCUGUAAUGGGUUAAUUCGUCAACGGAAAGUGCAGAUGACAGAAUCUGAAAUUGAUGAGUAUGAAUCAGAUGGUAAAAUUGGACAUGGUUUCUACUCUGAUGAAAUGUACACCGGUGAAGAUGGUCAACUCACAUGGUUCAAUGCUGGUGUUAGAGUUGGUGUUGGAAUUGGCCUUGGGAUGUGCCUUGGAAUAGGGAUUGGUGUUGGACUGCUCAUGCGUUCCUAUCAAGCGACCACUAGUAAUUUCAGGAGGAGCGCCGGCAUCGAAUCCCCCGCCACAAUGUCCCACCGCACCACCCAAACGACGUCGUCGCUCCCCCUCGUCGUCACUCUCAACUGCAUCGAAGACUUCGCCAUGGAGCAAGACUGCUUGUCCGGCGUCGCCGCCGUCGAGCACGUCCCUCUCAGCCGCCUGGCCGACGGCAGGAUCGAGUCCGCCUCCGCCGUGCUCCUCCAGUCCCUCGCCUACCUCCCACGCGCCGCCCAGCGCCGGCUGCGUCCUUACCAGCUCAUCCUCUGCCUUGGGUCUGCUGACCGCGCCACCGACUCCGCUCUCGCCGCCGACCUCGGGCUCCGGCUCGUCCACGUGGACGCCUCCCGCGCCGAGGAGAUCGCCGAUACGGUUAUGGCGCUGUUUCUAGGGUUGCUGAGGAGGACGCACUUGCUCUCGCGCCAAACGCUUUCGGCUUCCGGGUGGCUUGGUUCGGUUCAGCCGCUUUGCCGUGGGAUGAGGCGGUGCCGGGGCUUGGUUUUGGGGAUUAUUGGUAGAUCUGCGGCGGCGAGGUCUCUGGCUACUAGAAGCUUGGCCUUCAAGAUCAGUGUGCUGUAUUUUGAUGUAGAGGUGAACGGAAAAGUGAGUAGGUCUUAUGGCUUUCCUUCUGCUGCCCGAAAGAUGGAUACUCUAAAUGACUUACUUGCUGCGAGUGACCUCAUUUCGCUUCAUUGUGCUCUGACAAAUGAAACAAUUCAGAUUCUGAAUGCUGAAUGUUUACAGCACGUAAAGCCUGGAGCAUUUCUUGUAAACACAGGGAGCAGUCAACUGUUGGAUGAUUGUUUUGUGAAACAGCUUUUGAUUGAUGGAACUUUAGCUGGGUGUGCUUUGGAUGGUGCUGAAGGGCCGCAAUGGAUGGAAGCAUGGGUAAAGGAGAUGCCCAAUGUGUUGAUACUUCCGCACAGUGCAGAUUAUAGUGAAGAAGUAUGGCUGGAGAUAAGGGAUAAGGCAAUAUCUGUAUUGCAGGCAUUCUUCUUUGAUGGGGUUGUUCCAAAAAAUGUUGUAUCUGAUGAGGAUGAGGAGGAAAGUGAAAUAGGUGAUGAAAAUGAACACUCUGAUAAACUGGAGCAAGAAAAUCCCUUACAGCUAACCCUUGUUCAGCAAUUAACUGAUGUUAGUCAUGCAAGUCCAGAAAGCUCCCUGCAUAAAGAAACCAAUCAAUCCAAGGAGUCUCCUAGCCAGCAAGGUUCGGGUUUGUCUCAAAAUUCAACUACUCGGUCCGAUGGAAGACGAAGUAGAUCAGGUAAGAAAGCCAAAAAGAGGCACACACAUCAGAAAUCCCAGAAGAAAUCAGAUGAACCUUCACUAGCAAAAGAAAGUACCUCACAGCGGGAGGAAGAUACGACUAUGAGUGGCACAGAUCAAGCGUUAAGUUCCAGUUCUCGGUUUGCUUCCCCUGAAGACUCAAGAAGUAGGAAAACACCUAUAGAAUCAAUGCAAGAGUCGCCUUCCGACCAGCUUCUAAAAUCUAGAAAGAGGCUGAGUGGAAAGCCUGGUGAACUGUUAAAGGAUGGCUAUGUUGUAGCUCUAUAUGCAAGAGAUAGCCCCGGUCUUCAUGUUGCAAGGCAAAGAGUUAAAGGUGGUGGUUGGUUCCUAGAUACCAUGUCAAAUGUAACGAAAAGAGAUCCUGCAGUUCAGUUCCUCAUUGUAAUCAGAAGCAAGGAUACCAUUGGUUUGCGAUCUUUUGCUGCUGGUGGAAAGUUAUUGCAGAUAAAUAGAAGAAUGGAAUUUGUAUUUGCAAGUCACAGUUUUGAUGUUUGGGAGAGUUGGAUGUUGGAAGGUUCUCUGGGCGAGUGUAGGCUGGUUAACUGUAGAAAUCCACUGGCUGUUUUGGAUGUAAGCAUCGAGAUACUGGCCACUGUAGGCGAAGAUGAUGGGGUAACACGCUGGCUUGAUUAGGAGUGGAACAUGAGAGUAAGCCUAACAUUCUUGUUCCGAUUUUAUUUUCCCUCCUUGGAGGUUUGUAUCAAUUUGAAUCUGCUUGAAAGUUGUAAAGUGUUCCUUUUGUUUAUUUUUUAUUGCCUCCAUUUCCUUUCUAUGGUUUUAUCUGUUUUUAUCAUUAUAUUUGUGUUCGAAGCUCUGAGUUAUUCAGCAUCCAAGUGAAUGUAUUUGUGUAAUUUACAUGGGACAUUCCAUUGGAGAUAGUUAUGUAACUUACCAGUAAGGAAGCUU